UUUUGCCCGGAAACGGCUCUCGGCUCAAUUCACGGCCUGAAAACUGCGAGAACUGCGAGCUGUAACUCCAUCAAUCCCUUUUUCAAAUCCAAUCCAUCCCAAGACCCAAAGAUUUCGUCCUUGUCGUCGUCGCUUCUUCACGUCUUGUCUUUCCUCCCGCUAGACUAGAUUUCCUGCUCUUCGUCUUCUGCAUCAUCUCCACUCUUUCGCAAUGGCUGCUACACUUCCUCCUUCCUCGACCGGCUCGACCAAGCUCGAUGCUGUGGUUCAGACUGCUAAGGCCAACGAGCCUCAGAAGCUCUCCGGUGUCGCACUCUACAGCAGAUUCGCCUUUGCUGGUGCUGUCUGCUGCGCCGUUACUCACGGUGGCCUCACUCCCGUCGAUGUCGUCAAGACGAGAAUCCAGCUCGACCCCGUCACAUACAACACUGGCAUGAUUGGAGGCUUCCGAAAAGUCAUUGCAAAUGAGGGCGCAGGCGCUCUUCUGACCGGUAUUGGCCCAACCUUUGCAGGUUAUUUCCUGCAGGGUGCCUUCAAGUUCGGAGGUUACGAAUUCUUCAAGCAACAGUGCAUCAACACCUUCGGCUACGAGACGGCCGCCAACAACAGAACCGCCGUCUACCUCGCUUCCUCCGCUUGCGCCGAAUUCUUUGCCGACAUUGCCCUCUGCCCUCUUGAGGCUACCCGUAUCCGUCUCGUCUCCGAACCCACCUUCGCUUCCGGUCUCGUCUCUGGUUUCAGCAAGAUCGCAAGGACCGAGGGUCUUGGUGCUUUCUACAGCGGUUUCGGUCCUAUCCUGUUCAAGCAAGUCCCAUACACCAUGGCCAAGUUCGUCGUCUACGAGAAGGUUGCCGAGGCCAUCUACCGAAACGUUGACAAGAACACUGCUUCCGACGGUACCAAGACCGUCAUCAACUUGGGAUCUGGUCUGAUCGCCGGUUUCGCUGCUGCCCUCGUCUCCCAACCUGCCGAUACUAUGCUGUCCAAGAUCAACAAGACAAAGGGUCUCCCUGGUGAGAGCACAACUAGCCGUCUGGUCAAGAUCGCAAAGGAGCUGGGUUUCCGUGGCAGCUAUGCCGGUAUUGGUGCUCGUCUCUUCAUGGUUGGUACUUUGACCGCUGGUCAAUUCGCCAUCUACGGUGACAUUAAGCGAGUACUUGGAGCUACUGGUGGCGUCGAAAUUGCCAAAUAAACGAUUCGAAGACGAUAUUCAGCGACUGAUCCCUCGGAGUACGGUUUCGAUUACGUCCCUUUCUCGUUCACAUGUGGUUGGAGCAGAUGCUUAGCAAUACAAUUCAGAGCAAUCUUUUUAGACUUGGGAGGUCCUUGCCGGUCUCGUUUUCUGAAUAAAAAAAUCAACGGUGGACAUGGACGACCCAUGGAGAUUGCUUUGCAGAAUGUGCAUCCCCAUAGAGCCUUUUGCAGAAGAUAGAUCUGCACGAGGCAUGAUUGCAUGAAAAAGCACUUAUCUAGAUUAGACGGGGGAUUAUGUACCAACAAUUAAUGGCACAACUCAGACUUUGCUCG